AUGAAUAAUUUAUAUAACACAAAAAAUAAAAAUCAAUACAAUCAAAUUCCAAACAGCAACAAUAACACAAAGCGGUUUCUGGAACAAGAAAACCUUGAGCUAACAAAUAUUAUUGAAAGUGUUUUGGAUUUAGAAGAAGAAUUACGAUAUAAAAAUAUACAAAGCUCUGAUUUGAAUAAUCACACUUUUGAUACAACGAAUUUUCAGUAUUUUAAAGAUGAUAAAAACGUUACAAAUAAUGAAGCUUUUGAAAAUCCUGUUUUGAAAAAACUUAAAAUGGACAAUAAUAAUAAAUGCAUAACUUCUGAAAACUCGAGGCAUUGGCAGGAAAAUUUUCAAAAUAAUGCAAGUAUAUACAAUAGCAGUGCAUCCAAUUGUUUUGAAUUUCAGAAACAAUGUGAUGCGGUAUUAAAUUCUAAUAAGACGAUAGGUGAUAAAAAAGAAAAAAAAAAUAAUGAGAGAAAACGUAAAGAGAUUAUAAUACAUAAAGAUAAAAGAGUCUUAUUGAAUAAUUUUUAUGAUGCUUAUAUUGAAAAAUUUAAUAUAUAUAUAAUUUCUAGAAGAAAUUUAAACUGGAAUUCUAUAACACAGAAGGAAAUGGUAGAAUCUAAUAAUCAACAGUUGACAAAUUUUGAUUUAUUUAUUGAUUUUUGUAAAGAUGUUCUAAAUCAUUUUAAAUCUGCAUUUGACAAGGUUAAAAAAGAGCCAAUUUUAAUUUUUAAAGAAAUUUUCUUGUUUAAAAAUAAAAACAAAAAAAUUAUAUGUAAGUUUAUGGGUCUUAAGAAUGUUUAUCGUUGUAGAAGACAUUAUUUUAUUAAAAAUAUUCAAAUCCAAAUAAAAAAUAUAGAAGAAAGUUCCUUCAUCAAAGAAUCUUCAUGUGAAUCAAUAAAAGAAUUAAUAGUAGAAUGUGUCAUAUUUAUAAAAGAAGUGGUAGGGUAUUUCAGUAUAUUUAAUUUGUCUGUUCAUUUUUAUGAGUGCAAUAUUAAUCUUAUUUAUAAUGAAUGUAAAGAUAUUAUACAAAGAUUCACAAAUAUUUCACGAGCUGUAGAACUUAAAUAUAUUCUUGUAAUUAUAAAAAUGCUGAUUGAAAGAUUAGAGACAUCUGCCGAAUUUUUGAAAAUAGAAAAAAAGAAUUUUCUUUUGCUUUUUAAGUCUGUUACUUAUUUAUCUACUGAUAUUGAUUGGUUCAUUUCUCCUUUAAAAGACAUCAUUGAUGGUAUUGAUAAAAAAUAUAAGCGUAGAGAAUUAAACUAA